AGUUGAAGAAGUUAGGGGGAAUUCAACCUUGCUAUCUUCUUUCUAUGCGGCGUUUAACUUGCAGCUUUCUCGGCAAAACUUGUCUAACGAUUCGCUUGUCUUUACAUGAUACUUUGACUGAAAACCAAAGGCUUGCCUUGGUUCGCUUCUACAUUCCGGGUUCAGCCUCCAGCCCGAGCUUAUCGAUAUGGAGGCGGAAGAAAGAAAUGACCAAAGAGGGUUUGAUUGCGGCCAAGGAGCUCAAGCGUCUCCAGUCCAACCCCGUCCGACUGGACCGGUUCAUCCGCUCCAACAUCUCUCGCUUGCUCAAAUCCGAUCUCGUAUCUGUUCUCGCCGAGUUCCAAAGACAAGACCAGGUUUUUCUCUCCAUGAAGUUAUAUGAUGUGGUGCGAAAAGAAAUAUGGUACCGGCCAGAUAUGUUCUUCUACAGGGAUAUGCUAAUGAUGCUUGCUAGAAACAGAAAGGUGGAUGAAUCAAGGCAGGUUUGGGAAGAUUUAAGAAGAGAGGAAGUUUUGUUUGAUCAGCAUACCUUUGGAGACCUUGUCAGAGCAUACUUAGAUAGUGGACUACCCUCAGAGGCGAUGGACAUAUAUGAUGAAAUGAGACGAUCCCCUGACCCCCCUUUAUCUUUGCCUUUUCGAGUAAUCCUCAAAGGCCUUCUUCCUUAUCCAGAACUGAGAGAGAAGGUCAAAGAUGAUUUCUUGGAGCUUUUCCCAGACAUGAUUGUGUACGACCCACCUGAAGACUUGUUUGGAGAUGAAGAGUCGAAAAGGGAGAGUGAAAGUGAGUAGAGUUUGCGGUCAUUUCGCUAGGCUUUGCUUAACAAUGGAUAAUGCUAAUACAAGGGGUUUGGGGUCGAUGCUGAUUAAAGUUCAGAGAUAAUUGUUGACUAUUCUCUCUCCAUCUUUCGAUGUUGUGAAGCUUGCUGAGAGGUCUUAGGCCUUGUUUGUGAGGAAUUAUCUUAUCUCCCCAAAAUUGUAUGCAUUUUUUACUGAAUUGUUUUAGAGUCUGAAUGUACCAUACCAAUUCGAGUUGCAGCAUUUAGUAGUUUACCCCUGUGAUUGUGUCAUGAAAUGGGUGUUACAGUCAAUACUCAAUUUGCAGCAGGAUAUCAUGUUCCUUUA